CAACAAACUGUUCGACAGGAUGGCAGAAAAAGAUGAACUGCAUCGACUUAGAACCCAGUUGGAAGAAAAAGACAAGGAAAUUGCAUUUCUGAGGCAAAAAAUAAACAGAGAAGCAAUACCUCCGAUCAUUUCCUCUCUUGAAGAUCAUUCUGAUAUUGUUGAAAAUAGACAAAGUUCAAACACAGGCUGUCAGCUGGACAAUGAGAGCAUCCUGCGAUACAGUAGACAGCUCAUUCUCCCUGAAAUAGGAGUUAAAGGUCAGCUUCUGUUGGAGCAAAGCUCAGUGUUAGUGGUUGGAGCUGGAGGACUUGGCUGUCCUGUGGCUGUGUAUUUGGCAGCAGCUGGAGUAGGCAGGCUAGGCUUGGUGGAUUAUGAUGAAGUAGAACUGAGUAACCUUCACCGUCAGAUACUGCACACAGAACCCAGGGUGGGUGUCUCCAAAUCUGCCUCAGCCAGCUUUGCAUGUCAACAAUUAAAUUCCAGAGUAAAAUGUAUCCCAUAUCAUCUUCAACUCGACAGUUCCAAUGCUUUGCAAAUUAUUCAGCAAUACAAUAUCAUCGUUGAUGCUACAGACAAUGUGGCCACACGCUAUUUACUGAAUGAUGCUUGUGUGUUGUCACGGAAGCCGCUGGUGUCUGGAAGUGCGUUAAGAUUUGAAGGACAGCUGACAGUUUACAAUCAUGAUGGUGGUCCAUGUUACAGAUGUCUGUACCCAUCCCCUCCUCCCCCAGAGACUGUCACUAACUGUUCGGAUGGGGGCGUGCUUGGGGUAGUUCCAGGUAUCAUAGGCUGUCUACAGGCCCUGGAGGUUAUCAAGAUUGUCACACAGAUUGGAUCAUCUUACACCCAGAAGCUGCUACUGUUUGAUGGGUUGGAUGGGGCCUUCAGACAGAUCAGACUCCGUGGCCGACAGAAGAGCUGUGUGGUGUGUGGGGAUUCUCCGUCUAUUACACGGCUCAUUGAUUAUGUACAGUUUUGCGGGGCUGGAGCCAAUGAUAAGGAACAACCUAGAAAUGUGCUGAAGGCAGAGGACAGGAUUUCAGUCAAGGAGUACAGUCAGAUGUUGGAGGAGUGCAUACCUCAUGUAUUAGUGGAUGUCCGGCAACCAGUCGAGCUUGACAUCUGUAAACUUCCCCAACCAGCUAUAAAUAUACCCAUAGAUAAGCUUCAAAACUCCACCCAGGUUCCAGAACCAGUGAUGUCACUGCGGAGUAAGUCACAAAUAUUCCAACAACAGCACGGCUCUCCCAUGCCGGUUGUCAUGGUGUGUCGUCAUGGCAACGACUCACAGCUGGCAGUUCACAGCUUACGACGUCACCUUCAGGACUGCCCAGUCACCAUCAAGGACAUUCAGGGCGGUUUGAAUGCCUGGGCCCACCAGAUAGACCCUGAGUUUCCAGUGUACUAGCUGUGAUAAAUUCAGGAGUGAUAUGUUUGUGAAAAAUAAGACACUAUUGGCAGAGUAUAUGGUGAAGGGAAAUACCAGAAAUACUUUCAGCAAGAUGUUGCACAGUGAAUAAAAGGGCGCAACUCCCAUUAAAGCACAGGUCAAUCCCAGCCUUUGCCUUGGUGACAGUAAGAGAUUUUAUUUUCAUUGAAGACCUUCUGUCUUCCACCAAUAUAAUGUGGGAAGGUUUGUCAGUGAAUGGUUGGUGGUUUACUGCAGGUGUUCUGCUUUCCUGCGCAGACAAGUGAAGAAAUCUUGAGCAUGGCAUUAUGCUUAAAUCAGUCACAUACUGUUCCACUGGGAGAUGAAACACAACCCACAAGUCCUUUGUUGAGUUACCUUUUCACAAAAAGCAUCAUGAUUUUGAUAUGGAAAGUUCUCUGCCCUGCUUCGUUCAGUUGAAAUAAGUUUUCGAGUCUCAGAUAAACACAUGAAGCAAUUUUUAUUUGUUUGAACAUGAUGCAAGCAAUGAAUCAGAUGUCAUUUGUCUGAAUAUAAUGCAAGCAAUGAAUCAGAUGUGGAUGCAUUCGGCCAUGUAAUAAUAAAUGUGAUACUGCUGUGUUUAUAAAUGUCAUUUCCAUUUGGGAAAAAAAUUGCAGAUUUUUAUUUGUACAUGUAUAUAUGUAAUAGAUACAGCAUUUAGCUGUGGCUUCACGGAACUUGACAUUUUAAUCUAAGCAGUAGAAAUAUCGUUGUUUCUAACUGGGAUGUAGCUUACUGUGAAAACUACUAUGAAGACUACUGUAAUUCUUCAACCAUUUUGCAUAUUCUGAAGGCAUUAUUCGGUGUAGACUGAUAAAAUUGUACUUUUUGUUAAGCCUUGAAAGUGGCCAACCCUACCAAUGUAGUUUUGUCUGCAAAAUCAAAUUAAAAACGUGCAUAAAUAUCACUGAAAGUUGUUCUUCCGAUGCGAAAAGGUAAAAUAAUUAGUAUUUUACGGUAGAUCAAAUGAUUUUCAUGCCACUGACUGGCCCUAUGGUUCCACUAGUUGUGCAGCAGGUUUGCCAGGUACUUGAUGAAAUAAUAUGGCCUUCUCCAUCCACAAAAAUGGGACACUCAACAAAUAAGUUCGCUCCCCACUUUUGAAACAGAACAUUUCUUCAUUUUAUGAACAAAUUACCUCCUUUUGCCUGGAUAUUGCGUUUGUAAUGUCCUGCCAUGUUUUCCUCCAUCAGUAAAAUCCUGUAGUUUGUAUUUCUGAAAAUGUACAAUCUCCGAGAUGUUUUCACACGUAUGACAGUUGUACAAAUAUUUUAUAAGUUUAAGAACCUACAAGAAAUAAUGACUAAUACAAAAUAUUUUUUGCAUGGUAUUUUAAUAAA